CGUUUAACAAAUACUCGACUUUUAUAGCCAUGUGUCCAUUUGUUUCUGUGAAACUCCAUUAAUGUAAUCUACCAUUUGAUCAUGCUCGGCUCUACGCUUCUGUCUUUCCUGCUUCUGUUCGUCCCUUCACUACAUGCCAUACCACCGAAUACUAAAGGUCACCACAGAUUGCAUCGCGAACAAUCAGAAGAAUUAGAUGAAACCAUUAAUCGGGAUAAUUUGCAGCCAUUGUCAGAUCUUUCGGCCGCUGAACAUGCUCAUAUUAGCACGUAUUCAAACCAAAUCCCUACACAAAGUACCCACAAUACUCAAAGUGAACUGUCACCUGCUAAAAAGACUGCAAGAAUCGAAGCGCCUGCCUCCAUGACUGAAGCUGAAAAGGUGACAUGGAGAGAAAUGCGAAAAAAAGAAAGCCAAAGGAAAUAUCAAGAAAGCUUAAAACUGAACCCAGAUAAACGUAAGAAACGGUCUUACAAUAAAAAUCUAAACCGAAUAAAUCGAGAAGCAAAGAUGACUGUUGCGGAAAAGAAAGCAACUCGACAUAGACAUUACGUUAAAAUCAAAGAAAAAGUACUGAAUCGCGGUGAAUGCAGUCGUUCAUUGCAUGCCAGACGUUAUAUUUUAAAUCAUCUCGAAUCUGGUACCGCAUCUGAGUACCAGAUUGCCAGGCUUCAAAGUAUGAGACAACAUGAUCGCCAAUACCAAUACGAAAAGAGGAAACGUUCCAAGAAAAAAGGAAACAAUCAGCUCCCUGGAGACAAUUCUGAUUCUUCGACAUGAAAGUCUCUUAGCUCUGUCAAUUCUAUUUCAUGUUUUCCUUGAUAAUGAUGUGGCAUAGUAGCCCCGACGAUCCUAAGAGACAAUCCUAUAUUAUUUUUUAUUUCGGGGCAAAGAUCAAUAACUCACAACAGAC